AGAUGGAGACCCUGAAAGACAAGACCCUGGAGGAGCUGGAGGAGAUGCAGAACGACCCGGAGGCCAUCGACCGGCUGGCCCAGGAGGCCCCUGAGGUCCAGGACCUGCAGCUGGAACGGGAGAUGGCACUGGCUACCAACCGCAGCCUGGCAGAGCGGAACCUGGAGUUCCAAGGCCCCCUGGAGAUCAGCCGCUCAAACCUCUCGGACAAGUACCAGGAGCUCCGGAAGCUCGUAGAGCGGUGCCAGGAGCAGAAGGCAAAGCUGGAGAAAUUUUCUUCAGCGCUGCAGCUGGGGACCUUGCUAGACCUGCUGCAGAUUGAAGGCAUGAAGAUUGAGGAGGAGUCUGAGGCCAUGGCUGAGAAGUUCCUGGAGGGGGAGGUGCCCUUGGAAACGUUUCUGGAGAACUUUUCUGCCAUGAGGAUGCUGUCGCAUCUGCGCCGGGUUCGCGUGGAGAAGCUCCAAGAUGUGGUGAGGAAGCCCAGAGCUUCCCAGGAGCCUGUCGGUGAUGCUCCACCUCCCCGCCCACCNCCCCCCUCUCACCCAGUCCCCCAGGCGACACCCCCUGUGGUCGAAGAGCAGCCACCCCCACCACUGCAGCCACCACUGCAGCCAUCAGGAGUGCCUCCCUACCCUUUGCCCUACAGCCCAUCGCCUGGCUUGCCCAUGGGUCCUACCGCCCAAGGCGCGCUCCAGCCAGCGCCCUUCCCUGUGAUGUCCCAGCCCUCCUUUUCCUACGGUGGGCCUUUGGGCCCCCCUUAUCCAUCAGCCCAGCUGGGACCCAGGGCUGCUGGGGGCUACUCUUGGUCCCCACAGAGGAGCACACCACCCCGGCCUGGCUAUCCUGUACCCCACUCUGGUGCCUCUGGCCCUGGGUACCCCUUGGCAGGGGGCCAGACUCCCAGCCCUGGUUAUCCUCAACAGCCCUCCUACCUCUCGACAGGAGGAAAACCUCCUUACCCAACACAGCCCCAGCUCCCCGGCUUCCCAGGCCAGUCCCAGCCCUCAGGUCCCCCUCAGCCUCCCUACCCCUCUGGGCCUGCCCCUCCCUAUGGGUUUCCACCACCUCAGGGCCCUGCCUGGCCUGGGUAUUAGACAGGGCCCUGGCCCUUGGCCCUUCCUCACUUCCACCUGUACCACAACCUUUGGCCCACCCACUGCUGAGAUUCGAGGUUAAAUUGGAAGUGGAAUUGGCACUCCCCAUGGACUUGGGGGGACCUGGCUUGGAGCCUGCAGGCCCUGGAAAUGCAACAGGCGGUCACAGCACUUACUGGCCUCCUGGGGGAAGGGGGCACCUCCUUCAGUGACUGGCUUUGGCCUGUCUGGUGCUGGCCAGGCUGGGAGUUCAGCACCUUUCCAUGGGUGUCAGUGAGUGAGCUGUGCAUUUGUGAACAGCUGCUCAUGUCUGCACUCCUGCAUUCUGAGCCCAGUGCAAGACUUGUCUCUGUUGUGGGCUGGCUGGUCUCCAGCCCCAGCUCACCCCCCUGGCAUUUGGCCUAUUCGUGGUGCCCACACCAAGGGACUUAGCUCUCUGUGUUUCUCAGGUCUAUUCAAGGAUGGCCUGCCCCAUGCACCAUGGCCAGGGUUGGAUCACAGGGAGAAAAGAGAGUUAGGAGAAACACUUCAUAAUUUUUAAGGCACAUAAAGCCAUAAUUGAACUCUGAUGGGCUGGUGUCAGGUAAACUUUUCCUGUGUGCUGGUUUGAGUGACAUCAGCAGAGCCAGUACAGUGAGAAGGCUGGGGGGUUAUAAAGGUGGCCCCCCAGACCUUGCUUGCACUGGUUGGAAAAUCCAGGGGGUCACCUUAGACUCUGGCUAGACAGGAGGGAGGAGCUCUGGUCCAGGAGAUUGUGGUCACAUUGGGGCUCAGUUAGGAGUGGAAGGCCAGGUCGCCUCCCCAGCCACCCUCUCUUUUCUGGGGCCCUCCACUUCUGGUUGACUUUUUCCAAGGUUCACCCCAUUCGUCCACUCCUUUAGUGCCUUGAAUCUCAUUUGCAGAAGCCCCCUCCCUCAUGUAACUCUCCUCCACCCCCAACGCCCCAAGACAGACAUCAAAAGACACCCUAAAAGUGUGACCUCCCAAACGGUGCUUUCUGAAACACCAUCCCCAUGGUGGAGUCCAUGUCUUUGCAUCUCUCUUGUUUUUAGAAUGUAAAGGGCAAGGAUUGUGACUCAGAGCCACAUGCAGCCCCCAGCACAUUGGGGGUUUUAAGCAUGUUCAGUAAUAAAAAAAAUGACAAUAGACCAAAGGGGGUGUGAUGAACAGAGCAUGAACUUGGUUCCAGAUGUGAACCAGGUCUCAAGGGCAGACCCUGGAGCUGCUAUCAGUUUGGAAGUCAUAUGUGCCUUGAAAUGUCCACCACACGAGCACCCAGCGUCUGGUGGCCUGGGUGCUGGGGACCCGCGAGGAAACUCGACCUUUUGGUGCCUGCCCCCUCCCAGCCCGCUUGCCAUCAGUGGGUGUGUGGACGAGAUGCUCGACUUGUGCUGUCGGUCCCUUGCCAACUGUGCUUGCUUCUCAUAAGUUAUUUAUAAAGCAGAAUCACUAAUGGACUCUCCUGGUUCGAGUGCUUCGGAACUGGAUGAACGACUGCUUGUAUGUUGUGUAAAUAAUUGCCACAAUAAACAGGAGUUCUGUGCA